CGGAGACUGGAGCGACACUUAAAGAGGCAGCACAAGCGCCCGGGAGUCCGGCUUCUUCUCGUGGAAGGACUCUGACCUUUCCUCGGCCUGAGGAGGAGAAAGCGGCAGCGGCGCGGAGCAGGCAUGGAGAGUAGGAAACUGAUUUCUGCUACAGACAUCCAAUACUCUGGCAGUCUGCUGAGCUCCUUGAAUGAACAGCGUGACCAUGGACUCUUCUGUGACGUUACUGUUAUUGUGGAAGACCGAAAGUUCCGGGCCCACAGGAACAUUCUUUCAGCUUCAAGUACAUACUUCCACCAGCUCUUCUCAGUUGCUGGGCAAGUUGUUGAACUGAGCUUUAUAAGAGCAGAGAUCUUUGCAGAAAUUCUGAAUUACAUCUAUAGUUCUAAAAUUGUCCGUGUUAGAGCAGAUUUACUUGACGAGCUGAUUAAAUCAGGGCAGUUACUAGGAGUGAAGUUUAUAGCGGAGCUUGGUGUCCCACUGUCACAGGUUAAAAACAUAUCAGCACAGGAUGGUACUGAUGAGGCCUUACCUCCUGAUUCUAGUGACAAAAACCUUGAUAUACAGAAGUCCAAGGAUGAAGCCCCAGAUAAUGGGGCUACUGUGAUGCCCAUUAUAACGGAGUCUUUCUCAUUAUCUGCCGAAGAUUACGAAAUGAAAAAGAUCAUUGUCACUGAUUCAGAUGAUGAUGAUGACGAUGUCAUUUUCUGCUCUGAGAUUUUGCCUGAAAAGGAAAAUUUGCCAAGUAACAACACGAUGGCACAGGUCCAGCCUAACCCAGCCCCUGUUGCUAUUUCAGAAGUGACACCUUGUGCUAGCAAUACCUCCCCCCCUUUAACAAAUAUCACACCUACUCCGAAGCUUCCCACACCUGUAAAUCAGGCAGCUCUUAGCCAAACCCAAGGAAAUGAAGAAUUGCUGGUGUCUUCGGCUUCAACACAUCUGACUCCUAACAUUAUUUUAUUAAAUCAGGCUCCACUUACUACACCGCCAAGUGUCAGUUCUGCACUUCCAAAUCAUAUGUCCUCUUCAAUUAAUUUACUUGUACAGAAUCAGCCGACACCAAUCAAUUUACUUGUACAGAAUCAGCCGACACCAAACAAUGCUGUUUUAACAGGAAACAAGACCAAUGGUGUGGAAGCAGAAGAAAUUAUAGAUGAUGAUGAUGUUACCAUUAGCUCCAGUCCAGACUCAGCAGUCAGUAAUACAUCUUUGGUCCCACAGGCUGAUACCUCCAAAAGUACCACUUUUGAUGGAUCAUUGACACAGAAGGUGCAGACUCCUGUAGUUCUUCAAGAGCCACCUUCCAAUUCUUUAAAAGUUUCAGAUGUAAUUACUAGAAACACUAAUGAUCCAGGCUUAGGAUCAAAGCAUCUAACGGAGGGUCAAAAGAUAAUUACUUUAGAUACAACUACUGAAAUUGAAGGCUUAUCAACCGGUUGCAAGGUUUAUGCAAAUAUUGGUGAAGAUACUUAUGACGUAGUGAUCCCUGUCAAAGAUGACCCUGAUGGAGGGGAAGCCAAACUUGAGAAUGAACUACCGAAAACAUCUGGCAGUGAGCCAUCAAACAAGCGUAUGAAAGUAAAACAUGAUGAUCACUAUGAGUUAAUAGUAGAUGGAAGGGUCUAUUAUAUCUGCAUUGUAUGCAAAAGGUCAUAUGUCUGCCUGACAAGCUUGCGAAGACAUUUUAACAUUCAUUCUUGGGAGAAGAAGUAUCAAUGCCGUUACUGUGAGAAGGUAUUUCCUCUUGCAGAAUAUCGCACAAAGCAUGAAAUUCAUCACACGGGGGAGCGAAGGUAUCAGUGUUUAGCAUGUGGCAAAUCUUUCAUCAACUAUCAGUUUAUGUCAUCACACAUAAAGUCAGUUCAUAGUCAAGAUCCUUCUGGGGACUCAAAGCUUUAUCGCUUACAUCCAUGCAAGUCUUUACAGAUCAGACAGUAUGCAUACCUUUCUGAUAAAUCAAGUGCUGUGCCUGUCAUGAAGGAGGAUGCUAUUGGAUAUAAGGUUGAUGCUGGAAAAGAACCUCCAGUAGGGACCACAUCUACUCCUCAAAACAAGCCAAUGAACUGGGAAGAUUUUUUUAUUCAGCAGGAAAAUGAUUCCAUUUUUAAACAGAAUGUAACAGAUGGCAGUACUGAGUUUGAAUUUAUAAUACCAGAAUCUUACUGAACUCCUUUGAAAUAUCUGAAAGUUUGCAUUGGAUUAAGGGGCAGGGAUUUCAGAAGGCCUGUGAAACAAAUUAAGGUGAAAACAUGUUAAUUUAAUCUGCCAUGUCAUCUGCAAGUAGCCAAGUUGCAUCGUUAAUUUUUAGAAGCAGUUUUUUCUAAAAGUUUGAGUAGAAAUUGAACACCCUCUGAAGUAUCUGUAUACUUUAGCUUUCAGCUCAUCUAAAAGAUGGAACUUUUUAAAGGUACAGAGAGAUAAUUUUCUGAAUCGAAUUUGAAGCAGUGUAAAUGUUCUUUGACAAUUACUGGAAUUACUAAUAUACCCUAGUAGAGGUUAUACUGUACUAGGGUAACUUCCAUGCUAGCACUUUACAGCUGAAUUUUCAAUUUUCUUAAUGUUAAGCCUAAGUGUGUUGUGUCUUGUAUACAGCAUAAAAGGUAAUGAACUUCCAAAAGUUGUUCAAGUAAAUUUCAGAGUAAGUCCUAACUAGGUGGUUUGUUCUGUCAGUCCAAAUGGAGAUCAGCUUCCUGCCUCUUUCCUACUAUAAAAUAACCAUGCAAACAGGUCUCUCCUAUGAAGAAUGGGUUAGUUCUAGCUAAUUGGGAUUAACCAUUGCUUUCCUUGCCAUGGUCUGUAAGAGACUUUGAUGACAAGGCCACUGUAUGCUUUUAAAAUGGCCCUGAGCAAAAAAAAAAAAAAAAUGAGCUAGCAGGCAUGCAUGUAGUGGAAAGGGGAGGUAAUACAAAGUUCUUUUGUGCUUAUCUUUAAUCUUCUGCUUUUAUAUGGAGAUUUUUGUUAAUUAUGGUUAAAAAAUGUUCCCACGAAAUGUUGUGAAUUUACUAUCUGAAAGCCACCGAAUGCAUCUUUAUAUGUAAUGCUGGUAAAUGUUGAGAUUCCAUAGAUGAGACUCGUGUAUUUUGGGUGGAAGGCUACUGGCAAAGAUUUUUAAAAGCUCACGUUAGACUCCCCAGUAGGAAGUUUUCAUUUUAAGUAGUUUUAAUGGCAUUCUAGCAUUGUACUUUCAACAAGGUCUUUUAGGGAUUUUUUUAACCCCUUAAAAUAAGUUCCAGUCUUUGUGCAAACUGCUGUUAUAUUAUAGCAGAAACUGCAUGUGGAAUACUGCAGGCAUGUUGGUUCCUGUUUAUUUUGAUGACAGUAUCCCCCUUCUUCCUUUAAAGAUGGCACAUAUUUAAACACUUAGAAUUUAAAACUUAAGAGUAGUAAUAAAAGGAAGCAGGUUGGAACAGAUAUAUAGCUUAGCAUUUAUAAAAGAUUUAACACAUUUCUGUAAAAAUUUAACCUAAUUUUUUUCAAUGGAAAAAAUAAUAGAUACUGAAAAUGGUUGUGUUGCAUAGUUACUAGUCAUUUGUGACCUUGCUUAUAUAUUUCUUAGUUCAGCAUAGGUAUUUUUAUUCUCCUUACAGUGUAUUUUUUAUCUCUUUCUUGACUUUGAACUUAAAGCUUUAAUCAUAAUUUUUCAUGCAUAGGUCAUUUUUCUGGUGGUAAACUAGGUGUAAAGAGAAAAGUUUAAGUGUUUCUUAACUGGUAGUUGAGGGUAUCAAGAAUCAGUAUUUUCAAUAAUACAAAGAAAAAAGGAUAGCCCCUGCUUACCAAGUAGUAGAGUGGUGUACAUUUAUGUUUUCUGUUUGAUAAGCUUAGACCUUCAAACCAUUUUCAUAAACUAACUCUUAGAAAUCUGAAAAUCACCCUAUAACUCUAGACUCUGAUCUCUGUGAUCACAGUAUCUAUUUCCUUUCUCUGUAGAUAUUGAUGUUACUGCCUUUUGAGUAGAAGGUAUAUUCAGAAAUGUUCCCAGUUGAAAUUUCAGUUUCAUGAAUGCAAUUUCAGCAGUUAGACGCAAUUACUUCUACCUGUGUGAGCAAUAGUGACAUUGCAGUCUCAACUACUAGGUAAAUUAGUUUGCUGUGGUAAAACGUGUUAGUUCUUACAAGCCUAUUAUGGGUUUUUUUGGUUGUUGUUGUUUUAAUGUUUUGUUUUUCUUGAGACAGGAUUUCUCUGUGUAACAGCUCUGGCUGUCCAGUAACUCCCUCUGUAGACCAGACUGGCCUCAAAUUCACAGAGAGCCACUGCCUCUCCCUCCUGAGUGCUGAGAUUAAAGGCCCGUACCACCACUGCCUAGCUCCAUACAAGCCUAUUAUAACAAACCAGGGAUAAUAAAAACCUCUCCAUUCUGAAUAACAUUGGUAAAAUUAUUUGCCACUGCUGCUGUACUCUGUAAAUUUUGAAUAAGAACUUCUUAACUCUGUGCCUAUUGAACAUAACUUCUGGAGUUUGCAGGGAGGAGGAGAAUUAUAAAGUUCAAUUGUAAUUUUGCCAGGAAGACUCUUAAGACAUGUUUUGGGGUCUUUGGGAUUUUUUUAAUGUUUUUAUAACCAAAAUUCAGAGUUUUGUGGAGUCCACCUGCCUCUGCCUACCCAGUACUGGGAUUAAAGGCAUGUGCCAUCGCUGCCUGGCUCAAAGUUCAGAGUUUUUAUAAAACUCUUUACUCCUAGUCAUUUUAGGAUUGGAAAUUUGUAGCAAGGUGCUGUUUAAAACCUACUAUGAAGAUUUUCUGGGUUUUUUUACUUGGCUUUCUGACUACUGACUUUUCUAUCUUUUUUUCAAGUGGGCUUCAAUUUUGUUCAAAUGCUGAAUUAUCUGUUGGUAUUCUGGGUAGAUUCUAUUUGAAAUAGGAAAUUUGUUCAGAGAAUACCAACUUUCAGCAGUCUUAAAAGAUUAUGAUAUUUUGUUAUCAUUUCGAUGGUCACUAUCCUCCACAGAGUCACUGAAGAACUUGUUCCAUUGCACUAAAAAAAAAAAAAAAAAAACAAAUGACCACUCAUCUGGGCAUUUAAACAUCAUCAUGGUAUGUGUAUUUUGAGGAAUUAGUUGCAAAUUCAGCAGCACUGGCUACCUUACCUCUGUUCAUUUUCCCCAAUACUGCAAUGUUCAUAUUUGUACAAUCUUCGUUUUCAUGACUUAAGUUCUGCUUUCCAUUAGCCAUACUUGACAUUAGUUCAUAGAGUUUGUUAUGGUGAAAUAAAGCAUAUUCAUUCU